AUGUCAGAUAGUAAGGAACAGUUAAUCAACGAAAUCGAAAAGGAACCAACAGAGAACAAAAAGGCAGAAAAUGAAACAAGUGAGGCACAAUCAUUAGAGUCACAAGACGUGAAGAAUGGUGACAUUGAGAUUGAUAACAAAAACGAAGCUCAAACUGAAGGGAAGGAUCUUUCGGGAAAUAAGAGGUCAAAAGAGUCCGGUGAAGGGGAUAAACAUAAAAAACACAAACGUAGAAGGCGUCAAUAUGAUGAUUUGCCAAAAGAAUCUAAGUCAGAUGAUGAAGACGAAGACGACGAUGAGGAUGAUGAUAAUCUUGGUCUAGAUGACGAUCUUGAUGAUGAUUUGGCAGAAAUUGAUGCGUCAAAUAUCAUUACAAGUGGAAGGAGAACUAGAGGAAGGGUCAUAGACUUUCAAAAGGCUGCCGAAAAACUUCGAGAAGAGGAAGGUGGCAUUAAGGAAGAAGAUGAAGAUAAUGAGUUUGAAGACCCCCCAGCUACUUCAUAA